CUCAACAAAUCAAUUGGUGUGGUGGCACAACACUUUUCUUUUAUAAACCUGUCUUUUAAACCAGUUUUAAUCAAAAUAAAGUAAGUUUUUGUCCACAAGAACUACGCCCUUUGGUAUGGGAAUUUAUGAGCAAACAUUUUCAAUAUCCGUUGAUUCAAAUAGUUGAUGGGCAAUUCCUUUCUUCAAAUUCUAUUUGGAUAAUGGCAGUAGAGGAAGCUUAUAAUGUAAACAACAUUCUUUACCUUGGCUCUGGGCAUAUCUAUGGAAUUGAUGGUAUUGGUUCUUAUGGUUUCGAGCAGGAUGUGAUAUAAAAAUUCAAUGUUUAAAACAAAUAUGUUUGUGAAGGCGCAUUGGAAGGUAUUGAAGCGUGAUUUUUUAUACAAAUUCUUUCAUCCACGUUUGGACUUAGUAGUGUUUAUCAUUAUGGAACAAGUUAUUCCACAUAAUCAAAGAAAGUUUGAGCAAAUAUUUGUAGUAAACCGUGAAAGGCAGAUUGGCGAAAAAACAUUCAAAAAAGAGUGGAAAGAUAAAAUUUGGCAAAGCGACCACUUAAUAAUGCGUAUUUAACAGAUG